UGAAGCACGGGGAGGGGGCCGAGCGGGUGGCAAAGCCGGCGCGCGCCCGGCUGGGGGCGGAGGGCGGAGGCCCGUGGGUCGGAACAGCCGCGGCGAGUGGCGGUGGCGGCGGAGGGAACCGAGACGGCGACGAUCGGGGGGUCGCGAGUGGCGGCGGCGGCAGCGGCGGCGGCGGGCCCGGAGGCGGGCGGAGAGCCGGGGCGCAAUGGAGCGGAAGAGGUGGGAGUGCCCGGCGCUCCCGCAGGGCUGGGAAAGGGAAGAAGUGCCCAGGAGGUCGGGGCUGUCGGCCGGCCACAGGGAUGUCUUUUACUAUAGCCCCAGCGGCAAGAAAUUCCGCAGCAAGCCACAGCUGGCACGUUACCUGGGCGGCUCCAUGGACCUCAGCACCUUCGAUUUCCGCACUGGCAAAAUGCUGAUGAACAAGAUGAAUAAGAGCCGCCAGCGCGUGCGCUAUGACUCCUCCAACCAGGUCAAGGCUCUGGCUAAACGCCUCCCUGGCCCCUCCAACCCUCCAUGGACCCCGGUCGGAGCGGCCCGCUGCAGAGUCUUCUCCCCCCAGGGCAAACCUGACCUGAACACUGCACUGCCUGUACGGCAGACCGCAUCCAUCUUCAAGCAACCGGUGACCAAGAUCACCAACCACCCCAGCAACAAGGUCAAGAGUGACCCGCAGAAGGCAGUGGACCAGCCGAGGCAGCUGUUCUGGGAGAAGAAGCUGAGUGGCUUGAGUGCCUUUGACAUCGCAGAGGAGCUUGUCAGAACCAUGGACCUGCCCAAGGGCCUGCAGGGGGUGGGUCCAGGCUGUACAGAUGAGACGCUGCUGUCAGCUAUCGCCAGUGCACUGCACACCAGCACCCUGCCCAUCACCGGCCAGCUGUCUGCAGCUGUGGAAAAGAAUCCUGGCGUGUGGCUAAACACUGCCCAGCCACUGUGCAAAGCCUUCAUGGUGACUGACGACGACAUUAGGAAGCAGGAGGAGCUGGUGCAGCAGGUGCGCAAGCGCCUAGAGGAGGCGCUGAUGGCGGACAUGCUGGCACACGUGGAGGAGCUGGCCCGUGAUGGGGAGGUGCCACUGAACAAGGCUUGCACUGAGGACGAUGAGGAUGAGGAUGAGGAAGAUGAUGAGCCGGAAUCUGAGCGUGUCUAGCACAGAUGCCCUGCCCAAGGCUGGGUUGUACUCUGCCUUGCAUGGCCACCUGCAGACUUCCCUCAGCCUUGCCUGGACCAGGUGGCGGCCAGACCAGCAGGAGGCAGGCCUCCAUCUUCUUCCCAGGACACCUUCUCUAGCUCCUGGGUCUCAGUGUAGAGAGCCCUGUGGGCCUUAGACUCAUUUGCUCCUGCACUCCCUGCAAGAAGCCCCACACUGAAAGCUGAAGGUCAGAGGGCCUGGCUGGAAGGUGGCCUUCCUGACUCCUCACCAUAGGAAGAGGCCCUGCUCAUCACCAGGGAGCUACAAGCUUUGUCUGGCACUGGAAGAAUGUUCUGGAAACACACCUGGCUGUUCCCGCCUCUCAGUGUCAUGGGCCAGGGUCUCAGGGUCGCCCAGCCUCCUUGAGCUGAGGGCCAGCAGCCAGCCAAGAACUCACUUCCUUCAAUAAACCAAUGGUAGGAA